UUAACAUGAAAAAUUAAUACAUUUCACUCGUGGAAUAUAAUAUAUUCAAUAUAAAAGUGUAACUACCUUUUCACUUUUGUUGAAGACAAGUACCCCUAUAGCUUCUUGUCAAUCAAAGAUUCUCCUCCUACUCCUAAUAAGGUGCAAAUAUAAUACACUAGCAUCGCGACUAAUACAUUGUCCCAAGUUUCAAAUCAUCAACUGCACCAAUUGAUGGACAAUUCAUCGCUAAGAUGGUUUUCAAGAAUGGUAGAAAGUGCCUAUUACUUGAAUGGAAACAAGUCCAUUGACGAUUUCACCGCUCAAAAAUCCACAAUUUCUGAGGAUCGAGAAACUAGAGAACUAUCUCUAUCUCCAGACAGUACUCAUGCUAAUUCUCGUUCUUAUUUCCAUCAAGAAACUAGCAAAAGUAAAGUCUCAAAGAUUGAUUUUUCAAUCAUCACACCUUUGGAAAAUUAUCCAAUUGGUUCCAAGAGACCUGCAAUUGAUCAUCAGCCCAAAUUGAACAAUUACAUCAAUUCUUCAUCUUCACCUCGUUUUCUUUCUUUUAAUAAUAAUAUGGAUUCAUUUCCUAGUCAUCAAGGCUGUAAAAUAGAAGCUGAGGAUGAGAUGUACUUGUGUGAUUCUUCAGAACAGAAACUUUUUCCCUAUCUCAAUUCUAAUACUUGCUAUGAUCAGAAGCAUAGCAGUACAGCCAGGAAAAGAAUUCCUUCAGUAGAUCAAGAACACAUUAUUGCUGAGAGGAAACGCCGAGAAAAACUCAGCCAGAGGUUCGUGGCACUUUCAACCAUUCUUCCAGGUCUUAAAAAGGUGGACAAAGCUUCAAUUCUUGAGCAAGCAAUCAAACAUGUGAAAGAGCUUAAAGAAAAGGUACAACUACUGGAAGAACAGAAAAAGAGUAUGUCCCAGCAGAAAUCAGUUAUGUUUGUGAAUAAAUCUCAGCUGAAAGUGGAAGAAGAUGAGUACUCUUCAUCUGAAGAAAACGAUCAUGGUUCCUCCGGUGGCGAUUUACCGACAGACAUUGAAGUAAGAUUCUCAGAUAAUAAUGUAUUGAUCACAAUAACCUGUGAGAGGCGCAAUGCUUUCGUGCUGAAUAUCCAUAACGAAAUAGAGAAGCUUCAUCUUACCAUUGUUCAAAGCUGUAUGAUGCCUUUUGGAAAACAUGCCAUUGAUGUCACUAUUGUCGCUCAGAUGGAUGACAGUUUCUGUAUGACACUAAAAGAUCUUGCUAAACAUGUCCGAAUGGUUACGGGAAGCCUAAUGACCCAAGAAUAGCCUUUUCUCUGAAGAAAACGUAAAAUAUGUAAUGUAUCAGAACAAUCAGAUAAUCUUGGAGAAGAAAGAUAGUUUGGGGUUUUCCUUCACAUAUUUUGUUUGGUUUAUUUUGC